AUGGAUCAAUUGGAAGAAUUCGCACGAAAAUUGAAUAACUUUGAGUUUAAUGGUCCCUAUUUGAAAACAAAUGUUCCUCUUCCUGCUUCGGUACGACGAUUUCUUGAACAGCUCAAACAGCAAGAACAGCACGAACUUGAAUCUAAAAAGUAAUAAAUAGCAACAAAAUUAAAUAAUUUUACACACUGAAAUUAAUAUAAUAUUUUCCAUUUGGUAUCUAUAGUUGAGUUUUUUAAAUGAAUCUAAAAACACCUAUAAAUAAAAUAUCAGCUGAUAUCUUUGGUACAAUAUUUGUGGUAAAAUAUUAUAGUAAGACGAAAUGGGAAAUGAAAAUUGUGUAUCAUUUUGAUUUCAAUAUAAUACAUUUUAUCUAGAUAAAAAAAUAAUUUACUUCAAAAUUAUAACACUGUAGCAAAUUUAAAAUUUUCUCAAUAAUGCUUUAUUAUAAUACUAAAUCAUGCAAUAUAUUUGUUUUUACUUUAUUAUUUUAUUAUUAAUUAACAAUGCCAAAAUAAUUUUUUUUUAAUUUGGUAGGAAAGGGAAGGUUAUUAAAUAAUACUAUAUCAGUAAUUAUCACAUAAAGAUAUUGUCAUUAUGUAAAAAAGGUUUGGUUUUAAAAUUGAUAAUAUAUAAUAUUAAAUGUUAUGCAAUAAUUUACUUGUAGGAAAUUAGGAAUAAUAUAUUUAGUUGGUGAUAAUACCUUUUUAUACAGAUAAAAUAUCUUAUUCUAUUCAUAAUUAGAGAUAAUUAUUAUGUGAGUGAGCCUUUGUUUUAAUCAAAAAAAUUUGUUGGACUAUCAAAACUAUCAAAACUCAAAACAGGGAUAAUAAAUAUGACUAGGCUUUCAAUUGUUUUCCAAAGGUUGCUGUGGGGCUCUCUUUUUAUUAUACAAUAUUUUCAUGUAUUUUUAAAUGAGAAUAAGAGAUUAAAUUUAUUACAAACAAAUAGAAUCAGUUAAAUUACAUAUGAGUGGUUACAGGUAUAGUUGCAUGACUGUAAUCUAUGUUACAUGACCUAACCUUGCAUACAAAUAUUGUGCAAUAGUUACAAAAAAAUAAUAAAUAAUAAAUUGAAUUCAAUAUAUGAAAGGAAAAGGUCAUACUGACCUAAGGAUUAUUUUGCAAAGAGUGGUGAGUGGACACUUAGGAAAAAUUAUAAUUUAAAAAUUCUUCUAAAAGAUGAAUAUACUGGAAAUAAUUAAUAGUAAAAGAUUUUAGUGGAUUGGACAGGCUUGUUGUAAUUAAAACCCAUUCAUACACAUAGCGCAAAAAUGUAUAUUGGGAAAAGACCACUUAGAAAAUCACAUAUAAGAUAGGAGGAUAUGAUAAUGAAAAAUGUGAAAGCCUUAUGUAGAAUAUUAUACUGAUUGAUACAGGCAGUGGAUAGUAACAAUUUGCAACAAUUUUAUUUGAGCAGAAGAUCCAAUUAGCCAAAUACAUAAGAUUGAAAUAACAUACCUAAAAUUCUUAGUCUAUAUAUUAUAAGUAUACUAUAAAUUUAAUAUUUCAUACCUAUAAAUUGUAUAAAUAGCCCUUCUUCCUAGUUAACUUACUGAAUUCCAUAAUUAAAUAAUAAUAUUUUUUUUUAUAUUAAUAUAGAAAUUUUAUAUUUUUAUUAACUGCUGUACCAUCUAGAAGUACAAACUAUUCUAAAAUAAAAACAAAUCAUAUGAAAAUGUUAUACUUGGAAUUUUUCCAUCUUUAAAACACUUAAAUAUUUUGUAUAGAAAAUUGAAUUGUUUAAAUAUUUAUUGUGAUAUAAUUCCAUCUCAUUGAAUCCAAAAUAAUCAUCAUAAUAUACAAAUUACCCAUCAGAAGUUGUAACUUAAAAUCAAUUUAAUUUCAUAACUGUAUUUUAAUAAAAAUUAAAUUAAAUAAAUAAUCAAAAAAAGACACCUGUCAUGAUAGUUAACAUAGUUUAUAGUUUAUAUAUAAUAUAUAUAUUUUAUUUUUCUAGUGAUCCCAAUGAAGUCAUGGAGAACGUGCAAGAAAAAUGUGCAUCAAGUAGUAACAGUCAGGAAAAUGGUGAAUUACUGAAAAAAAAAAAUUGCAAUAAAAAGUCACAAAAAAAAAAGGAACAAACAAUUAAUAAUAAUAAAAGUAAAAUGCUGAAUAUUAGUGACAGCUAUUAUACCAAAUAUAUAUCAUUCAAUGAUGUGGAAAAGAGUUUGGCAAAUAAUGAACUUUUUGAAGGAAUCUUACAUAUAAAUGAGAAAUUUAUGUCUGAUGCAUAUGUCACUUUACCAGUAAAGAGAAAUAUUUGAUUUUGUAUGUAAUAUUUUUAACUAUAAUAUGAUAUUUUGUAGGAUAACCUUAAGGAUGUUUUAAUAAGUAGUAUUAAGUUAAGAAAUCGAGCUUUGGAUGGUGAUAAAGUUGUUGUGGAAAUAUUUAAGAAAUCAAAAUGGUUGGUAAGUAUUCAAUAAUUUCUUCACUUUAAAUUGUGUGAUAUUAAACAUUAAAAUAAUAUUAAUUACAGAACCCAAAUACAAAAGAUUGUCAACGCACUGGUAAGGUAGUUUACAUUACCAAAAAAAAUGAAAAGAAUACUGUUUUUGUGGGACAUAUUACUAAUAAAACAUGCGGUUUUUCUAAAUACAGCACAUUAGUUCCUAGAGACAAACUAUUACCAAAAUUACAUUUAGAUACAUCAAAUUGGCCACUUCAAAUAAAUUAUAUAAAAAAUUCUAAGAAAUCACAACAGAUUUUUUAUGCUGUUUUAAAAGAUUGGAACACUGGCAAAAUUCCUACAGGGUAUAUGCAUUUUAAUAAAUAUAAUACAAAAUAAUUUUUGUUAUUAUUAUUAUUAUAUAUGAACCAUAUUUAUAGGGAAUUAAUUGGAGUUUCAAGUACAUUGGGAAAAUUAAAUGAUGAAAUUAAUAUCUUAUCGGAACAUAAAACACAAGAGGAACCAUACCCAGAAAAUAUCAAUAAAUAUGUUCCUUCUCGGUUUUCUGUAGAGGAAGACCUUAAACAAAAGAAGGACUAA